AUGGAAGCCAGCGAUGAGGCUAGAAAUGGCGGUUGGCAGGCCUGGGCGCCAUUUUGGAUGUGUGGUCCCAGCUUGGAGGGCGCCACUGUUGGUGUUGUGGGUUUCGGCAGAAUCGGACAAGAAGUGGCUAAAAGAAUACUACCAUUCGGCGUGAAACAGUUAUUGUACCAUGGCAGGACCGAGAAAAAGGAGGGAAAGCAGAUGGGUGCCAAAAAAGUUCCUUUCGACGAUUUACUACAGCAAUCCGAUUUCGUUAUAGUUACCUGCGCCCUAACCCCCGAAACAACAAACCUAUUCAACGACUCAGCUUUCAAGAAAAUGAAGAAAACCCGCGGUUUUCAUUAA